ACAACGUAAUGAUAGUUGCAUGUCCAGUUACAAUGUUAAUGAUAAAUGGAUUAUCAAUUUAACAAAUAUAGACAUUCCGAAUGAUGUAAAAUACCUAUUAAGUUUAGGAGAUAAAUUUAAUCUUCCUUACCCCACUAACAAAGUGCCAAUCGAACAGUUGAUCAUAGACAUUGAAUACAUUUUUGAAAAAUUUGAUGAACCAACUAGGAUUGACUUGCGUAAUAGAUGUAUAAAUAUUAUUACAAACCAUAUUAAGUCAAACAAAUUUUGCAAAAAUACUAACAAUAAUUUCAAGAAAAGUACAAGUAAAACUAUACAAUUUAUACGUAACCAUAAAGAGCUUGUAAUCACGAAAGCAGAUAAGGGUAAUUGCACCGUAAUCCAAAACAAGUAUGACUUUGACCAAAGGAUAGUUAAUGCUCUCAAUGAUACUGAAACUUAUAAAAAAUUAAAUAAAAAUCCUACCAUGAACAUUCAAAGUAAAACUAACAAAAUUAUAUCACAACUUUUUGAUAAGAAAAUGAUAUCGAUUGAACAACAAAAAUGGUUAAAAAUUAAUAAUGGUGUCGCUCCCAAAAUCUAUUUUUUACCAAAAAUUCAUAAAUUGGGGACACCACUACGACCCAUAGUCUCUUUUACUGGUUCCCCUCUUUACAAUUUAACAAAACUUUUGUCCAACAUUUUACAACAUUUUUUUAUAAAAGAUGAACGAUAUAUGAAAAAUUCUUUUGAUUUCGCUAAUUACAUUAAAGAGCAAACAGUCCCUGAAGGUUAUAUUCUUGUGUCGUUGGAUGUUGUUUCUUUAUUUACUAAUAUACCGGUGGACCUAGUAACUGAUAUAAUCACCCAAAAGUGGCAUCUUAUCCGGCCUAAUACAUCGCUAGACCUUGAAACAGUUGUUUUUCUUUUUAAUUUUUGUAUUGAGAAUAAUUAUUUCCAACAUGGUGAAAAUUUCUAUACCCAAAUUUUUGGCCUAGGAAUGGGAAACUGCAUGUCCCCAAUAUGCUCAGACAUUGUAAUGGCACAACUACAAGAUCAGUGUAUUUCUGAACUAUCUUUUAAUGUACCUUUUUUCUGUAGGUACGUUGAUGACAUAAUCACGGCAAUUCCAAAUAAAAAAGAAAACGAAAUUCUAUCAGUCUUCAAUAGUUUCCAUCCACGUUUACAAUUCACUAUCGAACAAGAAAUUAACUGUAGUCUUCCAUUUUUGGAUGUUAAAGUCAUAAGAUCCACAGAUGGUACCAUAAAAACAGAUUGGUAUCAAAAACCAACUUUUUCAGAACGCAUUUUAAAUUAUUUUUCAGAACAUCCUAUGACACAAAAAAUAAAUGUAAUAAAAAACCUAAAACAUCGGUGCUUGAGACUUUCUAGUCCAGAAUAUCAUAAAAAAAACCUUCAUUAUGUUCAGACAAUUUUAAAGAAAAACAACUACCCCCUAUCAAUUAUUAAAAAAAUAAUUACCGACACCGAGAACAUUACUCAAAAUAUUACACGAAACAAUGAAAAUAAUCAAUUGGCUUAUUUCAAGAUUCCUUACAUUAACACACUUUCUCAUAAAAUUAAAAAGACCAUACAAUCAAAAUCUGAUGUUAUUAAAAUCUCAGAAAGAAGUGAAAACUCGGUAAGAAAACAUUUCUUUACGAAGCUUAAAACUAAAGACGCCUUUGAUUUACAUUCUAACAUUAUUUAUAAAAUACCUUGCUCUGGGUGUGAUGUGUGUUACAUUGGUCAGACGGGUAGAUAUUUGAGGCAGCGCCUAUACGAACAUGAGUAUGAUUGUAGGAAUUUAGCCCUUAAAAAAAACCCUACUGCUUUAGCUGAGCACAAAAUGAAUACAGGACACAAUUUUAAUUUUGGCAAGGCUACAAUUAUAGGCCAACAGCAGCCUUUUAAAAAGAGACUUCUAGCCGAAAUGAUAAACAUAAAAAAACAUAAUAAUGCGGUAAAUAAAAGAACGGAUAUAGACAAUCUAAGUUCUUCUUAUUUUAAUCUAAUAGAUCAAAUCAAAAUGUAAACUUUUGGGACUGUUUUGGUUCUUAUCACUAAAAAGAAUGCGUCUAUUGUGUUCUCGCAUACCCGGUUUUUCUGGCUAGAUGCUAAAUUAUUAUUGUACACCGUAGAAUCAAUUUUAAAGCAACUGUCUGUGAUACAACCCAUCAAUUUAAACCGUUUUUGUUAAAAAAAUAAUAUUUUAUAUAUUCUAUGUUACCUGUGUGUCCUGUAAACAUGAUUUUUUAUGACAAGCAAAAUCACACUGUUAUGGCCCUGAUGAAGCAAUAAAAUUAUUGCGAAACGUUGGCCAGUACAUAAAGUGACGUUUGUUUUUAUUCCUUCGAUCCCAUCCCACAACUAAACUCAAGAGUACAAAGAAGGUUAGUAGACGCAAAGUUAUUUAGUAGACGUCCAGCUAAAAAGCUGUUAGUUUCAAUAAGAAAUAGAGCAGCAAGGUUGGCAUUUGCACGCCGGCAUUUAAACUGGACCGUCAAUGACUGGAAAAAAGUUCUAUUCAGUGAUGAAACGCGCUACAAAAUAUUCAAUUCUGAUGGAAUGAGGCGUGUGAGGCGACCAAUCAAUACAAGGUUUAAUCCUAAAUACGUAACACCUACAAUUAAGCAUGGUAAAGGUAGUGUAUUUUUAAGGGGUUGUUUUUCAUGGAAUGGGGUAGGCCCUAUGCACUUUAUUAAUGAUACGAUGGACCGAUUUGUUUAUAGGGAUAUCAUGCAGAAUGUUAUGCUUCCUUAUGCAGAAUGGGAAAUGCCAUUGCGUUUUAUUUUUCAACAGGACAACGAUCCAAAACAUUCUUCACAAGUUGUUCAACAGUGGUUUCGGGAAAAUAAUGUUCGUGUUUUACAGUAAUCAGCACAAUCCCCAGAUCUUAACCCCAUUGAGAAUCUCUGGGAAGAAGUUGAACGUCGUAUUCGUACCCAAAUGUUUCCAAUUAAACAAUCCUUAAUAAAUAAAAUUAGUGAAGUUUGGACAAGUCUUCCCGAAAAUGUCAUUCAGAAGUUGAUUGCUUCAAUGCCACGCCGUUGUCAGCAAGUAAUUAAUAAUAAUGGAUAUUCUGUCAAUUACUAAUGUAUUACUUUCAAUUUUUUUUGUUGUUAAAUGUGUUAAAUAUUAAAUAUUAAAAAUACUGUUAAAUACAAUUCGUUGCUCUACUUUUGUCGCCCCCAUUCUUAUCAAUUUUUAUAAUCAUUAAUAUUUACCGUUCUUAAAAUGAUUAAAAGUACACCAAAAUAUACUGAAAUAUUACUUUCAGUGUAAGGAUAGUGUGACAUUAAGCUUAGCGAAAAAUCACAACCCAAUAAUUUUUUUUAUUCAAACAUGAAUAAAAUUGAACUUUGUUGCUCUACUUUUGUCCGAUAGUGUAUAUGCAAUACUAUUAUUCUUGAUAAACACAUUAUACUACACAUUUUUGGUAGAGGUGAAGUGUUUGGAAGGCUCGUUUGGAUACUUAGUUUAUUAUUUUAGUAAUAAUGAUAACUUGCAAAUAUUUGUUAAAUUAUUUUUAAUCCAUAGAAAUCUAUAACUUACUCUGUAUAU